UAUUAUAACAGCAUUAUGCUCUGUCAGCGUGCUGUACUUGAAAACGGGAACUUUUGUGAGUAUUUAAGUAUCAGCGUACUUAGUGAGGUCACAGUUGAGAUUGUGGGCCACUUGGUCACAGAGACAAAGCCCUUCGCUCUUGCCGCUAUAACUGGGGUGGCUUUCGGGUCAAACCUUGAUUUCUUUAAGGAUGCUGUGCUGAGUAUGGGAACAGCAGAAAGCAAAAGGAGAAAACAAAAGUCAGAUAAUACGACCGUUUCACAGAAGGAAUCAAAUUCCUGCUCAACCAUGGGAGACCAGAAAGACAACGACUUUAAAGUCCAGACAGCCAAGCACCCCAACAUGAGCUCCGUCGCUUUACGGACGCACAGCGAACACUCUAGAGACCGAACAUCCAAAAGGCUUUCGACUGAGUCUAACGGGACCAGCGACGGGGGCAUGGGCUCGUCCACGCCGGUGGAGAUCACCGCUUUGGAAGAGUCGUUUCGGCGCUUCGCCAUCCACGGUGACACUCGUGCCACCGGCAAGGAGAUGCACGGCAAGAACUGGUCCAAACUCUGCAAGGACUGCGGCGUGAUUGACGGGAAAAGCAUCACCCUCACAGAUGUGGACAUCGUUUUCACCAAAGUCAAGAAGAAAUCCUGUCGAACCAUCACGUUCGAUGAGUUCAAAGUGGCACUCGGAGAGCUGGCUCGGAAGAAAUACAAAGAGAAGACCGGGGAAGAUGCCGAGGCCGAGGUCUUCAAGCUGAUUGAGGGGAAGGCGCCGGUCAUCGCAGGAGUCACGAGAGCCGUGGCCUCGCCGACGGUGAGCCGCCUUACGGACACCAGCAAGUUCACGGGGUCGCACAAGGAGCGCUUCGACGAGACCGGCCGAGGGAAGGGGAAGGCCGGGCGCGUGGACAUAGUCGACACCUCGGGUUACGUGUCGGGCUACAAACAUCGAGGGACGUACGAGAAGAAAGUGACCAAACCCACCGAUGGUAGACCCAUGUGAAGUCAAAACAUUUCAUUGACGGCUCAGAUGAUUUUCUACGAAAGAGUACUCCUAGAAAGCACAAAAGAAAACAAGUUCAUUCGUUUCCCAGCCCAUUUAUUUUUAUGUGUAUGUCUGUGAGAGAGAGAAAUAAAUAAAAAAAAACAAAAAAACAAGAGAUGCUUUUAAACUCCGCUGUUUGUGUGAGAACUGGAAAACUGUUUACAUGUAUUUUUUUUUUUUUUUUUUACAAAG